AUGCUUCUCGCCACCUUUGCUCUCGCUGCCAGCUGGGGUCUGGCUGCCGCUCACGGCGCUCACGGCGGCGAUGGGCUGCCACUCCCCAACAUUAUGGCGGGAAGACAGGCUCUGCAGGAUUUCACUUCAGCCCGUCGCCAAGUUAAGCGCCGCGCCGCCCAUAUUGAGCCUGUUCGUGAGGCUUCCGAGUUGGAGAAGCGUCAGUCCGUUGGCCGUUGCGGCCCCAACUUCGACAAUCACGUCUGCGAUGACGGGUACUGCUGUUCCAGUGCGGGAUGGUGUGGCCAAGGGUACCUCUACUGCUCCGCGCCGUCCUGCAUGAUUGAGUACGGCCCGGCAUGUGAUGCCAACAUCCGUCCCGCUGGGCCGGACACGGCUAAUAUUGCCCGGCCCAAGAUCGGAGCGGUUCCAUAUGGCCAGGCCAUCUAUCACUGUGAGCAGUACGGCGACAUCGCGCUCACCUUUGAUGACGGGCCGUACAUCUACACCGAGGAUCUCUUGAACAAGCUCAAGGCGUACAAUGCCAAGGCUACCUUCUACAUUACGGGUAACAACUUGGGCAAGGGCAAGAUCAAUGACCCGGCCACCCCAUGGCCGGCCCUCAUCAAGCGCAUGGUUGCCGAAGGCCAUCAGAUUGCCAGCCACACCUGGUCUCACCAGCGACUCACAACCGUGAGCGCGGAGAAGUUUCGUAACCAGAUGGUAUACAACGAGAUUGCGUUCGCCGACCUCCUGGGCUACUUCCCCACUUACAUGAGGCCCCCUUACUCGGCCUGCGAUGCCACCUGUGAGGGCUACCUGAAUGACCUCGGUUACCACAUCACAUACUUCAACCUCGACACCGAGGGUUACCUGCACGACAGUCCCGCCCUGAUCGAAACCUCCAAGGACAUCUGGGACAGCAAGGUUGAGGGCAUGUCUCCCGCGACCACCAAGUGGCUCCAGAUCGAGCAUGACCCCGUCUAUCAGACUGUAUACAACCUGACCGACCACAUGCUCGAGUCCCUCUUUCGUAAUGGAUUCCGUUCUGUCACCGUCGGCGAAUGCCUCAAUGACCCCGCAGAGAAUUGGUACCGCUCCGUCGGGAACACGCCGCCCCCAAGCAGCACCGGAAGCACCGUCACCUCCUCCCGCACCACUACCAGCACAUCCGGCGUGACUAGUCCCACCGGCAGUCUGAGCCCGUCCAAGGACGGUCGUUGCGGACCCAACUUCGGCAGCACCACCUGCAUCAGCGAGCCCGGCGCGACCUGCUGUUCAGCUGCCGGCUGGUGCGGAAACACCGCCGACCACUGCGGGGCGGCGUGCCAGCCCCUCUAUGGGAACUGUCAGAUAACGCCAGCCAGGCCUUCGACUUGGUCGUCUUCCGCUCCCGCGACCGUCGCCACCUCGUCCCGCACAAGCUCCGCAGCGGCGACCACCGGCACGCCGCUGCCUCCGCCAUUGAGCACCAACGGCCGCUGUGGUACCACUCAAGGAGGCACGUCGUGCAUCCAGGAGCCUGGCGCGACGUGCUGCUCCCAGUACGGCUGGUGCGGCGCCACGACGGAUCACUGCGGUACAGGAUGCCAGGCCGGCUUCGGUACCUGUGGCAAGUCCGACUAA